AUGACUACUGACACAACAAUGGUUGCUGAUGUUAUGACAGUAGACAAUACGUCGUACACAACUGACACACCGUAUGGAACACAAUUAACAUUAGUAAUGUUGCCAUUUCAUGUUUCAACAUUAAUCAAUACUCAUCCAUAUCCACCUACAAACAUGGUUGGAUCCAUUACUGAACAUGAUCGACCCUACUCGAAAUAUGGGCAUUUAGAUCAAAAUACAUUGCGUCGUAAAUUUCGUUUCGAUGUUUCUGCUGCUCAAACUUUAAGAAAGCGGCGUGCUAAAAAAUGUCGUUUGGCAAGAAAAAUGUAUGCCGUCAUUUGUCAUUCCAAUAUAAGUAAUGGUGAUUUCAUUGAAAUUGGUGAUUUCAAAUCACAUACAGUACGUUCACGGUUUGACGCUUGGUCGUCCAGUAAAUUUGUUCGUGCCCAGAAAAAGAAAAAACAAAAUUAA